AUGGACUUCUCUAAAACGCACCUACCAAAUCACCUGUUUCUGUUUCAAAUAAAAAAGGAGGUCGAGGGAGAAGCAGCCAAGGAGCAGCUACUUGCUGCAGAAAAUGGGACGUCAAAAUUUCCAGGGCUUUUUGCCUCUGGAGAUUCAAUUCUUGAUACCGGCAACAACAAUAAUCUUGCCACUGUAGCUAAAUGCAAUUUCCCGCCCUAUGGAAGAGAUUUGGUGGGAGGCAUCCCAACAGGAAGAUUUGGCAAUGGAAAAGUGCUCUCAGACUUGAUAGCUGAAGGCUUGGGAAUCAAAGAACUUUUGCCAGCAUAUCUUGACCCAAACCUGCAGAGCCCUGAUCUCCCUACCGGUGUAUGCUUUGCGUCAGGUAGCUCUGGUUAUGAUACUCUAACACCAACCAUAACGGGAACUUUGUCUCUAUUCAAACAACUAGAACUCUUCAAAGAGUACAUUGUGAAGCUGAGAGGGAUUGUUGGAGAAGAGAGAGCAAGAGCCAUCAUAGCCAACAGUCUAUUUUUAGUUUCAGCAGGCAACAAUGACAUUUUGAUUAGUUAUUCUCUCAUUGCUAGAAAGCUUCACUGCGAUUUUCCUUCAUAUGCUGCUCUUUUGGUCAGCAUGGCUUCUACUUUCCUCAGGUGUGACUUGACUUUGAAGGAUUUAUAUAGCCUCGGGGCAAGGCGAAUUGGUGUUUUCAGUACAGCAGCAGUGGGAUGCUCCCCAUUUGACAGAAAUAGAGGAGGCUUACUGAGAGAGUGUUUGGAGCUGGAAUUGGAAGAAGCAGCAUGGUUCAAUUCCAAGCUAUCAUCUGAACUAGAUUACAUCAAAACCAACUUUACAGACGCCAAGCUAGUCUUUUUGGAUAUCUACCACCCUCUUCUUGACCUCAAUCAACAUCCUCACAAAUCAGGAUUCCAAGUAGAGAAGUUUGGAUUUUGUGGUACUGGAACAAUAGGAGUGGCGGUAUUGUGUAACGAAUUCAGUCAGUUCACAUGUACAGAUGCAUCUAAAUACCUCUAUUGGGAUGCAGUUCAUCCCACAGAAAGAGCUCUCAGAAUCGUUGCUUCUCAGAUUCUUAAAAAAUACAUAAAUAGUUUCUUUUGA